AUGGAUAGAGUUCUCGCCGACAACCGUAGACAAUCGUACUCCACCGGUCGAUGCUUGAGUUCGCCGUUAUCUUGUCUCAUCCAUACAGAAGAAACAGAGUACGCUCGAAUCAGUAACCACAACAACAAGACAAGACCUAGUCCGAAGUUAAGGGAUUUGAUGAGAAGAUUAUUAUUGGUUAGAAGUUGCGGAUUGGAGAAUAAUAAAUCGAAAACGUUAGUUACGUUUCACUACGAUGCUGUGAGCUAUUCGCAGAAUUUCGAUGAUGGUUUCUAUCUGCGCGAUGCCGAUGAUGAUCCUAAGCUUUUUAGAGAUCUUCCAAAACAGAGUCCGGAUCACUGA